UCAACAAAAAUGAUGUAAACACUGCUGGUUGGCUUUAUUCCUCCAGUCAACGUGACAUGUAUUUAAUGCCGCAAAUGCCUCUGUUUCCAUGAAAGCAUAAGGUUACAAAAUACAUGGUAACAGAUGGGGAAAUUCCCUUUAAAUUUGUUUUCCUUAUUUGAUGACCCUUGUUCAAAAAAACCUUGGAAAUUGCAAAAUUAAUGUAAAGCAACAUUUAUGUCCUGGAAAGAUUUAAAUUUCCUCGGAACGGUUAAUGAUGAUGAGCUGAAACGAGUUCCGAAGGGAUGGAUAUUGACCGAUUACUAGGACAACAUUUUCAUAUAUGAAUAGUUAGUAUGAUCACGUGCUCGGUAAAAAUUAGGAUUUUAUCGUGAUUAGUGCCACUUACGUCUAUUCUUUGAAAUUAGAAUCCAUGCUAUCGAUUUGGUCUCACAAAUGUAGAACAAAUGCUCUCCGGGAAAAACGAAUAUUAAUCAUGACUGUGGAUACGAUCUUGUUUCUUAUCCUCACCGGUGUUUAUAUAGUUUUCGGCGGCCUCGGGAACGCUGCCAUACUGACCGUCUACGCCAGGCGAAAGGACUCUUACAACCAGCAUUUCUUCAUAAAGACCCUGGCAGCACUGGAUCUGUUCAUCUGUGUGGUGGUCAUUCCUUACACGAUUGUGUACGAGCUUCAUCGCGUGCACAAUGACGUCAUCUGUAGGUUGAUGGAAACAAUACGUCAUAUUGCCAUUCUGACGGGGAAUUCUGUUCUUUGUGCUAUUGCAUUUGAAAGAUAUAUUGCCAUCUGUCAUCCAAUGAGAAAACUCAACCAACACGCUGUGCGUAAAAUCAUGAUAUUUCUUACGAUCGUUACUUGCGUAUUUUCGUCUCCUUCUCCGACAAUAUUCACUGUAACAGGAAAUGGAGUCGACUCCUAUGAAGUACAUGUAGGUACCUAUUGUCAAUUCACUACAGAAAUACUAGGAAUAUUGGGUACGAGUAUCUACCAAGGCGCCUUGGCUUUACUAUGUUUGUCUGGGAUUCUGAGCAUACUUGUACUUUACGCCCUGAUAUAUAGGAGACUGUUACAGCGAGUUCUUCUUAGGAGGCGCAACAUGUCCAGGCCCAUCACGCCUAAUAAAUACGUCGUGAGGAAAGUUAAGGAAGGGAAAGAUUCGAGAGAUGAACCCAUGGAUGAACAGUGUAGCAACGAAAAUGAAGUUGUUUUAUGCUUAGUUGAAAACGAAGCAGUAUUGGAGCAAAAAAGAUCUCCACAACAGAAAGUUUUGUUCGAAAAAAAAUCAACAAAUUCUCGCAACGAAUACGAAGACAUCGAAUUCGAAUCCAGAAGUAAGGAAAACCCUUGUGAAACUUGCAUAUACGUUAAUAAAGACAACAAACUGAGAAAUUCUGAUUAUCAUUCGAAACCCAACGGCCAUAAAAAUCACUACCCUAAAAAUAAACGAAAUAAAUCUCGUUCCAGAAUGAAGCCAAACAUCAGACGAAAAACGUCAAUUAUGUUGUUUGUGUGUUCAAUCAUUUACAUACUUACGUGGACUCCUUUCUGGCUUGACGUCUUUAACGUCACACAGAGCCUCGUUCUGCGUUACAUGUUCUUCAUUGGGCAUGCUUGUAAUCCAGUCGUGUAUGGAAUUAUAAACAAUCAAGUAAGAUCUGACGUCAUCAAACUUUUCAAAAGACGAUGAUGUCAUUUUAUGAAACAAUGCAAAAAGCAUCAAGGCCUAAGCCUUCAUAAUAAACUUAAUUAAUUUCUGUCUUUCUUGUAAUUCCGUCAAGUAUGGAUUUGUAACAUCUGACAUCAUCAAGCUAUAAAAAAAAAUGACGUCACCGUUUGAAAACGAUUUACAAGCCACAAGAAUGACAAAGAAGCAUUAAGGCUCUUAUAUUUAAUUCUUGUUUGAUUUUGAUGGAUAUAAACAAUUUGAUUGGUAAGAGAAUCUUUCUGUAUAUAACUGUAACAUUGUAUUAGACUGAGUACGUUUUGCUUUAUAACCACACAACUGAAAGCAUGUUUACAAUUAUUUAAUUUUAGAAAUUACUAAUUAGGAUAUUUUUUUCUAGUCGUUUAUUUUAAAUAAUCAGUGUGCAACAUUUUAUACAAAAAGCGCAUAAUACGCUGCAUCUAGUCGGUAAUUUUAUAUAAGAAUACAUGUACAAGUUACGGUACCUACAGCCAAGGCUUUCUCAUCUGUUAUUUUCUUCAGCAUUAUUGAGUUACCUUUGUAUGAAUAGAUGAUGCAAUAACAACCUAAUAAACUUUGGUUAUAAAAAUGUAUUUAGUUAAUGAGGAAUUCUGAUAAAACACAUUGAUAUGAUAUGAUAAAACGUUCUAAUUUGAUCAUUCGUGAACGCUGCAACACAACAUCAAUAUUUCAUAAGUGUAAUGAAAAUAGUCGUUGUAUUUGCAUCUCAUAUCCAUGGUUUGACAUCAAUUAGCAAAUAGAUUAAUAGCCGUGUCUUCUCGGGGGGACAAGUUAAUGGCCUCGAACAAGGAUGUUCUGAGUACAAUAGUUUGAACGUUAGCCAAUCUUGUUUUCUUAGAUACUCUAUAAACAGUUAUAAAGGAGCCUAUAAACCUUUGGGAAACCAUUUUAGAAAUCGGCACAUACUGGGGUAACCUUCACAGAUAAAGUGGUCAUCUAUCAAUAUGAACUUGAAAAAAAAAAUAUAUAAAUUUAUAAUUAAAAUUAUAAAUUAAAAACCGUAAUAUGUAUUGCAGUUGAAUUCAUCAAAUUCAAAGGCGUUUCCGCUUUAUUCGAACUCUCGAUCAAAGUAUCAGCUGUUUAGUACUUUCCUAUGAAGCCUCAAAACAGAGGAAACAUGCCUAUAUAUAAUUUUCUAAUUCCAAAGCUUUUAGAUUUUUCUGUCUUUGAAAAUUUCACAAGUAGUUCGGGUACCUAUACCAAGCAACAUAGCAAUCAAGUUGUGCCAUGAGAGAGUAAAAUGGGGUUAUAUUGAAGUAAAAAAAGACAGGAGUUGUCAAAGUUGUUGUUUACAAUAACUUUUACAAAUCAUUUUUUAUGGUGACAAACUGAUAAAGUGACUUUUCAACUUUUUGCAAAUACUCUUCCGUUUCAAAGAUUGUAUUAUUUGUUCUUUACAAUUUGUUUUGUCUAAAUUUUCAAAAGUUUUGUAUAUUUUUCCAUUUAUUUAGUAUACUUCUUCAUUGGAAUUGUAUACAAAACAAAUAGAAAUUAUUCAUUGCAUAAAAACAAUUUCAAUGCACAAGUAAAUAAAAUCAAUUAUUGCAGCGCUUGUCAUACCAUGUCAAAUAAUUGAUUUAUUUUUUUUUUGCAUGCAAAGUUGUUUGAAUAGAAAUUGCUAUAUCUUCAGCCUUAUCUUAAACAGAAGAAUUGAUAAAUUUAUUAAGUCUGAUAAUUCUAAAUUGUGGAACCCAAACAAGAAUUUUUGCCAAUAGUGCUACUUUGUUUGCUGAAUUCAUUUUCUUAUCCGGUAAUUAAAGAGGUGUUAAAUUAUCAUCCCCUGACGCUGGUUUCUUCUUCCUAUUCACUAAUUCCAUUGAAUAACAAAUGAGAUGCGGUACUAGGCAGGAGCGCAGGAAAGUGCACGAAACAGAGACAUUAUGUAACCAACUCGUUGGGUCCUGCAAUCUUAUUAACUGUCAACUUUACAUGCCGUGGCAUGCUGUGUCACAAAGCUGGUAUUCUCAGAAGAUUGUUAUUACACCGGUGUAAUCAGCUAACUCGACAGACAAAAUUCACUGGUCACGUGGUCAUUAUUCUACCAAUGUAUCUACCAAGGAUAAGAAAAAUAUCAGGAAAAUGAUAUUCGCAUUAAUUGCUCGAGUCCUUUUGUACUACAGGUAUAGUAUAUAAAAAUCACAGGUCUUACAAAGAGAGGAAAUUAUUCAACCAAGCAAUAUAGCAACCAAGAUGUGCAGUAGUAGAGCAACAGGGGUUGUAUCAAAGUGAGACAGAGAGGGGCUCACUGUGUAUGUUUAUAGUUACUGUAAGCCGUGAAAAAAAUCCUCACGGGAGACUACAUUGACUUCGGGGUCGGGUACUUGUAUCGCUGAAGGUGCUCGUGAGAACUUGAUCAUGAACACUUUUCCCUGAAUUGCUAUGUACAAUAAAUAAAGAUCCAAGAUGCCCGGUGUAAUUUUUUGUGCAUUGAAAUAUCAAAGUUUGAUGUUUUUGCCAUCUGUCUGAAAUUUGGCAUGUAAUAGUAUAGUAUCUGGAAUACAGUCUUCAAAUAUUUUAUCAGUAUUUUUUUAUUUUUUGCUUAACUGGAAAUAGUUCCA